GCGGCCAUGGGCGACUUCCAGGUGCACCGCGUGCGGCUCUUCGCCUUCCUGCCGGCCGGGCUCCGCUGCCUCGCCGCCGGCCCCUCCGCCCGCCUGGCCGCCGCCCGCGUCGACGGCGCCCUCGAGCUCUACAGCCUGCAGGCCAACGGCUUCCAGGAGAAGGUCAUUCCAGGCCACGAAAGGAGGAUCCCAGAGGCUCUCUCCUGGGCUGGAGGAAACCGGCUCUUUGGUGCAGGCCUCAGUGGAGAAAUCAUUGAAUACGAUCUGGAGAGGCUCAGUAUCAAAUAUUCAUUAGACGCCUUUGGAGGCCCCAUCUGGAGCAUGGCAGCCGAUCCCACUGGAGCUCAAUUAGCGGUUGGUUGCGAAGAUGGAUCUGUUAAGCUCUUCCAUGUCUUACCUGAAAGAAUCCAGUUUGAGAGGAGCUUGGACCGGCAGAAAGGCCGCGUUCUGUCUGUCUCCUGGCACUCCUCUGGGGCCAGGAUUGCUGCUAGCUCCAUCGACCUCAUCCGUGUCUUUGAUGUCAAAUCAGGACACGCCGUCCAGCGGCUUCUUGUGGACAGACGUGCCAAAGGCUACUACACCCAGAAGAGCGUAGUGUGGAGCGUGGCCUUCCUGUCAGACGGCGCCAUUGUCAGUGCAGAUUCUUCUGGGAAGGUGCAGUUCUGGGACUCAGAGGUGGGCACGCUGCUCCAGACGUGUGUGGUCAGCAACUCCGCUGUGCUGUGCCUGGCAGUGUCAGAGGCAGAAGACAGCAUUGUGGUUGGCACAUCAGAGGGGGCCGUGUACCAGUUCCAGCUGCUCCCGGUGAAGAUGGGCAGCACCGAGCGCCAGUGGGUGCGGACAAAGCCAUUCCAGCACCACACGCACGACGUGAGGGCUGUGGCACACACGGCCACAGCGCUCAUCUCUGGAGGAUUGGAUGGACAGCUGGUGAUCCGGCCACUCAUGGAGAAGGUGGAGUCCAGGAGCUAUGAAGCUGCGGUUCGAAAAGUCACCUUCCCCCACAGGCGCCUUGUCUCUUGUGCCGGGAAAGCCCGUCUUCUCCUUUUCCAGUACCCACAACACCUGGAGCUGUGGAGACUUGGAGCCACCAGUGCCACGGGAAGAGAUGGGGAAGUCUUGCCUGUGUCCUGCCCCCCUGAGCACUUGCUCCAGCUCAAGAACAAGGGCCCUGAGCACAUCAGCAGCAGCUGCAUCUCGCCCUGUGGCGGCUGGAUUGCCUACUCCACGGCUUCGCGACUGUGUCUAUACCGAGUGCAGCUCACGGGCGAGCAAGUUGCCCUGCAGAGGGUUCCCAAGGUGCCAAAACUGGCUCGUGGAGCCCACCAGCUCCUUUUUUCUGUGGACUCGACUCGAUUGUUUGUGGCAUCGGAUCAGGGCUCUGUGCAUAUGCUCAAGCUCUUGCAGUCAGGGGCCUGCAAGCACCUGCUCACCCUCCACCCCGGCUCAGAAUCCACAGAAGCUGCGCUGCUGCUGGCAGUGAGUGCCGAUAGCAGCUGGUUAGCUGUUGCUAGUAGCGAUGGGCAAGUCAACAUCUACAACCUGCAAAAUGCCAAGCCUCACUGCAUGGUGCCUGCAUACAGCUGCCCAGUGACUGCCCUGGCCAUUCACCCAGUGACCAACAACCUGGUUGUUGCCCAUUCAGAUCAGCAGGUGUUUGAAUUCAGCAUCCUGGACAAAGCGUACACGCCCUGGAGCCGGAAGGUGCAGCAGCAAGGCCUGCACAGGGACUGGCUGGAGCGCGACACGCCUGUCACUCACAUCGCCUUCAACCCCAAGGAGUCCAGCCACAUCCUGCUGCAUGACACGCAUAUGUUCUGCCUCCUGGACAAGUCCCUGCCACUACCAGAGGACACGGCCAUUCUAUGCAACCAGCCAUCGCUGAAGCACCUGCCCAGGGCGGCCCGGCACAAGUCUGCCCACGCCUUCAAGAUCUGCAAGAAAUACCAGCCUCUGCUGUUUGUGGAUCUGCUGGAUGAGAAAACCUUUGUGGUGGUGGAGCGGCCCCUGAUGGACAUCAAAGCACAGCUGCCCCCGCCUGUCUAUCAGAAGAAGUUUGGCACGUAAAGGCUGCACUGGUCAGUGUGAAAACUCUCUGUGCUGUAAGACCUCUGCAGAACUGCAGCCAGGCUGCCUCUUCGUCUUCCCGGCUGCAGGAGCCCAGGGCAGCAGUCUCCCAGGUGCGCUGACGCUGAAGCAGGUGAGCUUGGCGCAGGGCAAGCCCGCCACUCUCAGCUCCUGCAUCCAGCUCCCCUGCCCUUUUCUCUUGCUUCCCCCCCCCCCCCCCGGACAUUUCUCAGAUGCUGGAGUCUUUUUUACAACCCUGCAAUCCAGGCUGGGAAGAAAAGUCCAUGCUGUCCUUGACGAAUGGCAGCUGAAGGCGUGGCUGGGUUCCUUUGAGUCAGAAUGGCUGGUAGUCUAGUUGCCUCGGGAGGUUCUUUGGAAAUGGACCGGAGCACCUCCUGGCCAACGCAGGAGCCAGGGUCCAAGAUCCCAGCCGGCUUCCAGACUGCCUUCUAAUGUUCCCAGGGCCCUGCUGGCAGACGAGUUAACUGGUUUCAGUCCACUCACCCAGCCGGGGAAGAGGCUGCCCCCUCCUUUCAGCUGCUUUUCUCUGGAAAUUGGGAGCAUGUUGCUAAGUUUCUGGGAUUCCUGCGCAAUGAGAACUCUGCAGAUUUGGGGCAUCCAAAAAAAGCCCCCAAAGAAAAACACACCAGGCUGCUGGGGUGGGGAAUUUGUGGGGGGCAGGGUGGAGAGAAAUUUGUGAAGCUGCUCGAGGGACAGCCUGCUGGGACCCUUGUGGAAGCUGAAAGGAUCAAGAUGGAAACCUGACUGAAGAUCGGGCUGAAUCUAGAACUCAUCAACUCUCAUUCAGCUGUGAGACAUCAAGGUCUUUGCAAAACAGUGGGCUGUAGUUUGUUGCACAGAUAUUUACUAUUGAUUUUGGGCCAGUUUAAAAUGUAUUUGUGAGGUGGUCAUGAAAGUAAAACGUCACUUCUCUUAA